CGCAUGCGCACACGCAGGUCUUCCAGCUGUGGCGCAUUCCACCGCUGGUGGAGCGGGACGAGGGCGCGCGCGUUCGGUGUCAGUGUCGCUCCUCUCAGUUCCCGUGAUAAAUCACCGCUUUAUUCACGACAUAAUCCCGAAUUAAUCUGAACACAACACGAACCGUGUCGCUCUGUGUUGCUUCCCGGGUCGUGUUUUUGUUGUUGUUUACUUUCUCUCUUUUUUUCUUUUUUUUUUUUUGGCGCACGUGAGGAACGCGACACUUGACAGGAUCGUCCAUGAUGACGGGCAUCGGAUCUGCCUCGGACGCUGUGAGAGACAGAUCUGACAGCACAUUGCAGCCGGAGUCAGACCAGAACCUCACGCCUCCUAAGAGUUCACCUUUGGACCUGAUUGACACGGGGAAAGGACUGAAGGUUCAGAGUACAGCGCCUCACCUGGUCAGUCUGGGGAGCGGCCGGCUUAGUGUGGCCAUCACCGUACUACCUCUGAAGGAAGGAAUCACGCGUAUCGGGCGUGAUGACGCCGCCGUGCCGCAGGAUAUUACCAUCCAGGGUCCAGGCAUCGAAGCUGAGCACUGUGUUAUCGAGAACAGAGGCGGGGUCGUGACUCUGGACCCCUGCGGACAUCUGUGUUCACUCGAUGGAGUUCCUGUGACCACGCCCACCCAGCUCACACAAGGUUAUUCUCUGUGUUUGGGUAAAUCCUACUUCUUCCGUUUUAACCACCCAGAAGAGGCCAGCCGGAUGAAGAGCAUGCUUCCUCAGAAGAGUCCUGUGUCCCCGCUGGUCUACAGCACAGAUUAUAUGAAGUUCAGUAGCGAUUUCAGUCCCAGCGGACCGAGUUCAAGAGGCGUGCGGUCCGUCUCCGAGCUGCGGGAAUUAAUGGACACAUUACAGAGGAAAAAACAAGCUCUGGAGAACAGCCUGCGGACCAAUGGGGACAGUAGCCCCUCCUACUUUAGCAUGACUCAGUCCCCGCCCUCGACGCCCAACUCCUUGUCAGUCAUAACCUCGUCAAGCCCGAUAUCUCCCUAUCAGGACCAAGCAAGACGACUGUACACGUCUGACCGCCCGCCUCUUUUGUGUAAAGUCCCUACCCAGUCGUCUAACAGUGUACCCGCCUCACCACGACGCAGUGACCAGAGGGAUUACAACUCCUCGCUUCCUCCUUUGCGGCCAAUGACCCGGAACCAGUCCCAGGAUAGCCUGCUUGCCUCUUCGGACGGUCGACGUGGCCAAACAUCAAGUUCUUUGCUGUCAAUGUGGAAUGGUUCCUACUCUACAGCAAGCGAUGCCCUUCCACAAACUCCAGGAAGCGGAAGCGGAGCAGCUAGCAUGCCCUCCAGCCCACGAUUAGCACGCAGGCUACAGCCUGAGGAAGCAGGACGCCCAAUUCCAGUGCCACGCCAAAGGAAGUACUCAGCCGGUUCUCUGACAGGAAUGGGCAUAGCCGCUCACAGCCGCUCUCUACCCCGUCUCUACCGCUCGGCGGAAUCCCAGCUCGCCCCUCUCACCCUACCAUGGCCCCGCUCCUCACCCACCCCUGAGUCCAGUCACCAAAACGGGCAUUCUGAGGUGAUCUCCAUCUCCUUGUCCACCAGGUCCCUUUCCAAACAAGCACCCACACGUCCGGAAGUGACCGCGCCCUCAGGUGCUACAACCAGCCCACGUCAGGCCAAGAAGAUGAGUCUGACCUCCAGCAGUUCCUACUCGGAUUUGGAGAAGCAGGCAUUGCGCACGUCCUCACCAGCCUUCGAGCUGGGUCUGGGCGAGAGGAGGCAGUCGUUUGGGAAGGCCGGGAUCAGUCCACAGGGUGGAUUCCGUGAGAGGAAGGGCAGCAUCAGCUCUCUCAGUGGGAAAGAAGAGCUCCAGGACUAUCACCAGAGACAGAGAGACGAAAGACUUCGAGAGCAGGAGGUGGAGAGACUGGAGCGUCAGCGUCUGGAAACCAUCCUGAGUCUGUGCUCGGAACGGAAUCAGAGCGGCUCAGCCGUGGCCGACCUCCAGAAGAUCAACAAGGAGCUCGAGAAGCUCCAGGUGACCGAGGAUGAGUCCAUGUUUUCUGACUCCGCACAAAACGGAUACAGCUCUGGAGUCCCAGGUUUGGAGUUGCAGGUCAGUGAGGAGCACCAGGUGCGCCAGCAUUGUUCCAGCGGGCAGCGAGACGUCAGGGCGGAGUCACCUGCUGGGAGUCUUCACGGCUCUGCCCCCACCCCUUCCCCUCGACAGGCGCGGAAUAAUAAGCAGGCGCCCGAGGACGAGGAAGUGCGGCUGAAGCAGGAAGUGACGCGUAUUGAAGAGGAGAGGAUCCAGGUGCUGAACAACAUGGAGGAGCUGGAGCAGAAGAUCAAAGAGCUGGACAACCAGAUGGAUGAAUCAGUCCAAGAGAUGGAGGUGGAACGCGCUCUGUUAGAAGGCGAGCAGGAGUCUGAGGCGGCUCAGCUGCAGCAGGAGAAGGAGGCUCUGGAGCAGCUGAAGGACAAGAUGGCCGACAUGGAGAAGAGGGUGCAGGUGGAAAAGUCGCAGGACAAAGCCCAGCUCGAUGCUGAGCGGGUAAAGCUCGAGCGUCUGGCCGAAGUGUUGUCCGAGCAGCGCGCUCAGCUCGACACGUGUCCCGAAGCCCUGAAAGAGCAGCUCGUCCUCCAGCUGUCCAGGGACGCCGAGACGCUGGAGGUAGAGACGAAGCGUUUCGAGGACCUGGAGUUCCAGCAGCUGGAGCGAGAGAGCCGUCAGGACGAGGAGAAAGAGACGCAGACGCAGCAGGUCCUCCGAGAGAUCGCAGAGUACCAGCGCAGCACUGUCACCCGCAAGGAGAAGAUGCUUGCUCUGAAGAAACAGUCCACACAGAUCAUCCAGCAGGCCCAAAAGGAGAAGGAGAGCUUUCUGAAGGAGAAGAACAACCUUCAGAUGAUGCUGCAGCGGGAAAAGGAGAAUCUCAACAACCUGGAGAAGAAAUAUGGCGAGCUCACGGGGGGGCGGAGCUUCCCCGUCAACCCCCUCAGUAUGAAGGAGGACAGCUCCUUAUUGGCUGAUGUAUGUCAGCCUUGUAGCGAGCUUAGCCACACCCACCAUCUCUCACUACUUCCUGUUGAUAUCGUGGCCUUUUCCUGUCUCUUCUCCUUUCUGUCCAUUAAAAGUGCUGAGGGUUAUGUCACAGUGAGUGAGAUCAAUGAACUCUAUGCGAAAUUGGGGGUUGAGACAAGCCACGCCCCCUUCAACCUCAAUGCCCCCGAGCGUCCCGACUCUGGGUCUGAACCCAGCCCUAGUCCCGAAGACGGCAGCGCGCCUUCAGGAGAGGACGAGCUCUGCGUCUCUUCCUGCUCUCGCUCCGCCCUCAAACCCGUCUCCGUGCACUGGCCCGAGGAAAUGGUGACCUUCCUCGGCCCAUCUCCUCCUCUUCCUCCUCCUCUCCCUGCCAAAAAACACUCACGGCACAGGCAGCAUUUCCGAAGCCUGGAGGAAAGGAAGAGAUUAGGGAAGGAGGGUCACAUGUGUGACACGCUUCCUCGGAAAAAGUCCCAGGCUGCAAUCGGCUUUCAGUACAAUUGCGCUACUCUGGGCCGCAACACACCUCCUAAAUCUCAUCUGCCUUUAGCGCAGAGCUCCAGCUGUGGCAGCGUCUUAAACCGAGUCCUCACGGUGUCUCCUAAAGACGCAGACGCCCGCCGUCUGCACAAGGGUCACAGUCAGCAGCUGGUGGGCGAGGAUCACCGAUCGAGACUGACUGAGCUCGGGGGUCGCGCCGCCUCCCAGUCCAACGUCUUCCUGGACUCUAUGGGUUACCGUGACAACGGCUUUGACACGUUCAGCGUGGACAGCUCAGACAGCAUGGAGACCAGCAUCUCCGCCUGCUCGCCUGACAACAUCUCCAGCGCCAGCACCUCCAACGUGGCCAAGAUCGAGGAGAUGGAGCGGCUGCUGAGGGAGGCUCAGGCUGAGAAACACCGACUCCUGGAGCACAGGGAGCGAGAGAUGGAGGUGCGGCGUCAGGCUCUGGAGGAGGAGCGCAGGAGGAGGGAAGAUCUGGAGAAACGACUGCAGGAGGAAACGAGUCGACGACAGAAACUCAUCGAGAGGGAGGUGAAGCUGCGAGAGAAACAGAGAGCUCAGUCUCGUCCGCUGACCCGUUACCUGCCUGUGAGGAAGGACGACUUCGACCUGCGGGGCCACAUCGAGUCAGCCGGACACAACAUCGAGACUUGCUACCACAUCUCCAUCACGGAGAAGACGUGUCGCGGCUUCCUCAUCAAGAUGGGAGGAAAGAUCAAGACGUGGAAGAAGCGCUGGUUCGUCUUCGACCGUAACCGCAGAACGCUGUCUUACUACGCAGAUAAACACGAGGCGAAGCUGAAAGGAGUGAUCUACUUCCAGGCCAUAGAGGAGGUCUACUAUGAUCAUUUAAAGAAUGCACACAAGAGCCCGAAUCCAUCCUUAACCUUCAGCGUAAAGACUCACGAUCGUGUGUACUACAUGGUGGCUCCGUCUCCCGAGGCCAUGCGGAUCUGGAUGGACGUCAUCGUCACAGGAGCGGAGGGAUACACUCAGUUCAUGAUUUAGACCUGCGUCGUGAUUUUAGCCCGUGUGUGUGUGUGUGUCUGUGUGCGCGCCUUAAAGACUAAAGAUUUAUCGACGUUCCUGUCGUUUUCGCAUGGACGUCAUGUGACCAGCGUCGUCACUGUGUUAUAUCCUUGUGGAACCGUGUGCAGUGUAAAGGUUUCAUACAGCCGUUUUUUGUUUUUGUUUGUUUGUUUUAGUUGGUUAUCUAAAGUGCCUUCAGAUUUCAAAUGCCAUGCUUUAUCCACGUCACCCCGAAAUGAAGGAUUCUGAUUGGUUGUGACAUCACACGCACAUGACUGAACGUUUAAACACGGCGUCAUCUUCCACGUUGUGUUUCAUGAGGAAUUGAUUACAUUUUAAUGUGUGUGUGUGUAUGUGUGUGUGUGUGUUGAUCCUCAGGGAUGCACAGGUCAACAACAACAUUAAAGGUGCAGUCUGUAAUUUUUAAUAGUGUCUUAAACCCUGCGAUCAUUUUGAAGAUAUGUUAGAAAAAUCAUUUGCGAUGUCUCCACAGAAUUAGCUCCGCCUACGAGGCAGAAUAGAUGUGUGUAGCCCCACCCCUUAUACCUAAAAAGCAACACGCAAGAUGUACGUAUUUAAGGAAGGAAGAGCUGUUGGUUGUUAGGCAAUGAAAAGUUUGUUAAUGCUUUCACUGCAAUUGCAAAUCACUUUUCAGACAGCAGGAGGCGCUAAAAAAUUCCAGACCGCACCUUUAACGCUGUUUCUUUUAAAUACCAAAGAAUUCACAUGAAAUUACACACUGUAUAGUGUGUGUACAGGUAUACAGCCGGUGUGUACGUCAGAGUUCAGACUAUAGUUUUAGUUUUGUAAUCUUCACAUUAACGAAAGGUGCUAAAAGACGUAUACUUUCAUUUUUGUUGGAGUUUUUUUUUUUCUUUUGGGUAAUGUUGCCAAAUGCUCUGGAAAUUCAGCAGUAUUUUAGAAUGUUGAAAACAUUUUAUCGUGUCAAUAUUGGACGUACUGAGUUUGCAGGAUCUGUCAUUUGGGUUAGAAACCACCUUCACUUUAUACAUAUAUAUAUAUGUGUGUGUGUGUGAGUGUGUGUGUGUGUAUAUAUAUAUUUUAAUAGGAGAAUUAUCCCAAUUGCUCUAGUACAGUGUAUAUUACUUUCUCUGUGUAUGUUUUAUAUAUAUUUGAAAUAUAAAAUAUAUUCUAAAAUAUUGUCUAAAGCUUUCCAAGCUCAUUUUAAGGCUCACAGUUCAGCUUUUCACCUGCCUCUCCGCUGCAUAAAGAAAAAUUUCCUAAAAAUAUCUGCGCUAAUGGUUUCUAUUAACCGUAAAAAUGAUUACAUACUGGUGGAGAAAAUGUUUAAUGGAAACCAUUUUCAUUCAGAAAAGUCAAGAACUCUUCUCUCCUGGACAGACACAUACACACACAUCACCAGCAGGGGGCAGUAAGAGUCUGCGACGCUCCAAUAAUGGGUGACUAAUAAUAAUAAUAAUAAUAAUAGUAAUAAUAAUACUCUGAAUGCUUUUCUCUGUUGUAUAUUUCACUAAAAGAUUUGAAUUUUCUUAUUUUUAAUUGUUAUUUAUGUUGUUACUCUGCAUGCACCUGUAUUUUUGCAUCCAAAAUAAUAAAAUCAGGACACAAAGACA